GGGCAGAAGUUUGCCCACGCCUGGUCUGGAAGUGGCACCAAAUCCUAGCGAGGCGGAAACGGAGGGAGAAGGAAGGCAGGAAGGGGGCGGGCUCGCCGGAGGAGGAGGAGGAGGAGGAGAGAAGCAGUAGGCGUUCCCGCUUGCCCUUCUCCAGCCGCUGUGUUUACAUCCGCCGCCUCUCCCUGGGCCUUCCCUGGGCUCUCUCCCGGCUCCAAAGGCCUCUUUCCUUCUUUCUCCCUGCCUUCCUUCCUCCUUGCCUGCCAGGCCGGGCCAAUGCGGGGCCAUGGACACCAGCGACCUCUUCUUCAGCUGCAAGAAAGGCGACGUCUGCCGAGUGCGAUACCUUCUUGAACAGAGGGAUGUUGAAAUCAAUGUCCGAGACAAAUGGGACAGUACCCCUUUAUACUAUGCUUGUCUCUGUGGACAUGAAGAACUUGUACGAUACCUUCUGGCUAAUGGCGCAAAAUGUGAAGCAAACACCUUUGAUGGAGAGCGCUGCUUAUAUGGGGCCCUGAGUGAUACUAUCCGACGGGUGCUAAAAGAGUACAAGCAGAUCACAGCAAAGUGCAUGAAAAGAGACUACUAUGACUCCUUCCUUCAACGGCUUUUAGAACAGGGCUAUCAAAGUGACAUUGUCUUUAUCGUCCAUGGGAAGUCCUUCUGUGCCCAUCGCUGCAUACUUGGUGCCCGAAGUGCAUAUUUUGCAGAAAUGUUUGAGACCAAGUGGAAGGGGAAGAAUGUCAUAGCUCUGAAGCAUCCACUGAUCAACCCAGCUGCCUUUGGUUCCCUUCUGCAGUACCUCUAUACAGGUCGAUUAGACAUAGAUGUUGAAUAUGUGAGUGACUGCAAAAGAUUGGCUAAGCAAUGUCGGCUCCAGGAUCUUAUUGAAGAUUUGGAAACCAAGUGUAAAAAGGUCUAUGAAUUUGUCUCUUCCAAGCCAGGAACUUGCGUGAAGGUGCUAACAAUUGAGCCCACAGGUAACUCAAGGUUGCAGGAAGACCUGGCUCUGCUAGCAGACUGUGCCCUUCCAGCUGAACUCAGGGUAGGUUUUGGAGAGUUGCCUUUCGACAGCACAGACAACUUCAGCAGCUGUCCUGAUGUGUGUUUCCGGGUAGCAGACUACAAUUUCUUGUGCCACAAGGCAUUUUUCUGUGGCCGCAGUGACUAUUUCAAAGCCCUCUUAGAGGAUCAUUUUUCUGAAAGCGAGGAGCUGCAGACGCAGCCCAGCAUUCCUGUGGUGACCCUUCAUGACAUUUCGGAGGAGAUCUUUAUCAGGGUCCUCUAUUACAUCUACAGUGACGACACAGAGCUGUCUCCUGAGAACGCCUACGAGGUGCUCUGUGUCGCAGACAUGUAUCUCUUGCCUGGACUCAAACGUCUUUGCGGGAGAACUUUGGCACAAGUUCUUGACGAGGACAGUGUUGUCAGCAUCUGGAAGAUUGCAAAGCUGUUCCAACUGACCCGGCUGGAGGAUCAGUGCACAGAGUAUAUGGCAAAGAUCAUUGAAAAGCUAGUGGAGCUUGAGGAGUUUGCAGUGGCAGUUAAGGAGAAUGCGGAGGCAGUGGAGGAGAGACAGGAGACGGACUCCAUCCCUCUUGUAGAUGACAUCCGCUUCCACAUUACCAGCAAUGUGCAAACGUACAGUGCCAUUGAAGAAGCUAAUCAAAAACUAGAGGCUCUGGAUAAUCUGCUGGCCAGCAUCGGACUUGAAUGUUAACCUGGGACAAUCUCCUGUGUGACUUCAUGGCAGAUCAGCCCAGAGCUCAGUUAACAGUGCGAUUGUCAUUUUCUCUCUCUCUCCUUGCCCUUUGAAUUUUGUUGUCCCGUCUUAUUUUAAUGCAAGAAAUCACUUUCUGAGUUUUUAAAUAUCUAUGAUAGCCUUUAUUUCUCCUAAGAAUCAUCGAACACAGCUCAGGUUUAAAAUCUUUGCUGUCAAUACACGAUACUGUUAGUAUUAUUUUCAAACCCGAUUUAAGUAAUGUAUUCUUUGAAACAUGUGGUAUUAUAGGCUGGUGAUGCUAAUUGGUGCAAUAUGUAAUGCAUUGGCACAGGAGCUUUCAGCAAGGAGACUAAAGCAACAUAAAUUCAAGGCAGUGGCUGGUUCAGAAUAAAUCAGAUUGCUUUCCAUGGUCCAUACUAUAAAGGGUAAGUAUGGUGACAGACUCUUUUACCGAGCUACAAGGAUGUGGUGACUAGAUUUCCCUUCUGCUCGUCUUUCCAAAAUAAAUGACUGCUGUGUUUCUUUGUUCUGGAAA